UUAAUAUCUAAAAUAAUAUAUGAAAUAUAUUUUAUGCAGCAAUUUGGAAAAAAAAAAGAAAAAAAUUUUCAAAAUGGCAGACAUGUAGGAAAAGUUUUACAAAGUGCCAGAAAAUAUAUAAGUUUUAGUUAUACCCUAAUAGAUAAUAUGUAAGAUGAUUCUAUAACACCCCACAAACAUUUUAUCCUUAUAUAAGUUCAAUUAAAUAAAGAAUAGAGUGACUACAGCAAGAUUUAUUUCUCACUAGAUAUAUCUGAAUUAAGGCUAUAAUUGACGUAAAAUAAGGCUGCUUCAUAAAAUUAAAACUGCUUAGAUAUAUUUUGAAACUAAAAUUGGCAGAGCUAGUAGGUUUAUCUGUAAUACGCCCUUGAUAUUUUGCCGAAAGCAUGCGCACGUGCUUGUCUAUAAUUUCUUCAGUAGUUUCGCUCUAUUAUAGCUUUUUUAAAAUUAUUUCUGUUUUGCACCACAUCAGCAUAUUAUGGUAUAGUUAGAAGUAAAUGUUGAACACAAUUCUAAGCACUUGACACUCAGUAUUUUAACAACUUAAAAAUAACAUUUCUAACAAAAUGUAUCACUAACAUCAAUAUAAAUGAGCGCAAUAAUCGUUCCAAAGAAUUGUACAACAGUAUUUUAGUCGUUGGAUAUCCUAUUUUAUUAAGUAUUAUGUCUUUUUAAAAGUCUGCCAAUGAACGCUCUCGUUUAAUCCCGCCAAAAUUAGUGUGUAUAUAAGGGAUGGUACUUGAGAUAUUUUUUACCAAAUUUCAUGGUGACCAGAUAGUCUACUUCUCAUGACAUUCAAGUUUAAAUUCAGCGAAAAGUAUCGUGAUAUGGGGCCUUCACCAAAGAUAGUUUUGCUGUCGGGCGAAGAUAAUAUAAAAUUCUUUCAAAAACAUGAUGGCAAUGUUAAGCAGAACUUUAAACUUAUUAGAAAAGCUAAUGAUGAUAAAUCAACGGAUAACUCCAGUUUGUUUAAAAGAAAACUGCCCUCAUAUAAAUCGAUAGUUUCAAGUAAUUUAGAAAAUUCUGAAAUUAAUGAUGAAGAAAAGAAAAACUCCACAUGCAAAAAUCUGAAGGCUACAAUAAAGUCUCCACCAUUGUCAAAAGAGUUGGUUCGUAUCGUUUACGAGUGUAACUUGUGUCAUUACAUAGCAAAUUCUAAGAUUAUGUAUAGCAGCCAUUCUCAUGUAAAGCACAAUUCAAAAUCAAAAUUCAACUCAUAUCAUCAGUGCCGGGUUGAAGGUUGUAAUAUCCUCUGUGACUCGAAAUUAUCCAUUCGGAAUCACUUGAAAAGUUCUCAUAAUAUCAACUUAGCAGCUGAGAAUCUCUUCGAUUAUCUUCUGAAUGAGAAAAUGGAGAGUAUGUUUGUUCCUAUAGUAUCUUCUCCAAAAAAGUUAAAAGCUGAGGAAGGAAAGAAGGACUCUUUUUCAAAUUGCCUUAUAUAUGUAAAUAAUGACGACAGUGGCGACGAUGAUUCCAUUGAAGGUUAUUGUUCUGAGGUUGAGGGAAUCGUUAAAAACAUUACCGAUAGAUCAGAAAAGCCUUGCGAAGAAAGUAUCCCUCCACUUUCGCCAGGAGAUUACACUCCUCGACUUGUUUUAGAUCUGUCCCCUAGCUUUGAUAAUCCAAGCAAUGAUCCUUCGGAUGACAAAUGUUAAUUGUUUUAAAAAAGUUAAAUAAAAAC